GUAGGUAGAGGUAGUUUAGCUGCUACUGGUCCGAGAUACUCGUUAUCACUUAAGAAUGAGCAGUUUGUCUAUUUUAUGGCAAAUACGCGCUAAAUCAAGUCGAUAGCGCCAUUAAAACACAGUUAAGGCAUUAAAAAGUUUGCAACACUGAGCAGGCUACUAGCGUGCAAACAAUAAAUAAAAACUGUUUCUGCAAUUGUCCUAUAUGCAAAACAGUUUCACAUGGAAUUAGCGCGUUAAAUAUAUUACACCUUGAAGGCACGUUACAAAACGAGCCCACCAAUGAAGUGCUGAGUCUUGGCGCCUAUGCGUCAUUUACGAAAUGUAGUGUCCGGAGCACUGGGAACUAGGUUAAAAGUACUCGGUCGUGUUUUGGUUUAGAGCCCAAGGCCGCGUUUCACGUAAGCAGACGAUUCUUUACACGAAAAAUGUAACUAUAAUCCUCAAAACGCCAAAGAGUACAUAAAGGGAAUGUGAUUUGACUUGCGUGUGAAGGGUUAAUUCAUUAUCACUUAAUCGCAUAGCUAAUUGCUCGAUUUCGGGUGUGUGCUUCACACUAUCUUCAGAGAUCUUUGCCUUUACGAAAAUAUUUAGAUAAUUAAGAGGUUACUGGUGCACAGUUACAGGGAAUAUUUGCAACGCUAUUGGCAAAGGUACAGUUAACUGUGAUGUUUGUGCAGAGGGAUUGUGACGCGUUGCGAUCCUGGCCUUGCAAAAAAUAAUGCACGACUUAGCGGAGAUAGGUGGAACACUUAAAGAAAUCUUUGUAUGGCUAUUGAGACUACACCUGUCAAUCAAAAAAUGGAUUAAGAGACCGGUUCCCUUUCUGAAUCAGCGACAAAGGAGGUUGUUGUAGAACCGUACAAGGAGUAUAUAAACGUACGCCAGACUCCGGAUUGUCAGUUUGUUCUUUGAUCUCAGCUGGGAUAUAUACUAUAAAUAAAACAUUGCAGGAAACACAAUAGAAAUACUGAUCUUUACAAUUUACCUAUUAGCAUUGCUUUGCAAUCGCACGGAAAAGGUUGGAAAAGUGGUACUGACAGAGAGGGACACACAUAGCGUUGUUGCAGAUAUUCUACAGUUGCGAGCCUACUAUUUAAAGCCAUUACAGAGUCCUGCAUUGUUUUCUGUUGCAUAUUAGAAUUGACAGACGGCAGUACAGUCAUUAUCGGCGUGAUCAUCUUAUAUUACAUCAUCUAAGGAACUGUGCGCCCCAGCUCUAGGAGAAGCGCAGGGCCAUCACGAUGUACUGUCAACAGCAAUACCCAUACCAGAUGGAGCAUCCUCACCAGCAGCACACGGCAGCAAGUGCGUAUGGUCUUCAACAUAUGUCCAGCUACCCUGUACCAAACUACGUUAGCGGAGCAACACCCUAUUCACCACCAUCCGACCGUCCGUCUCCACCGUCGUUCAGAAUCGAAGACAUUCUACUGCAAAGCAGAAACGGACACUUGCCAAGUUACAACCUUCCACAUACUAAUGGAUUCUCUAGUCCUAGCCCAUCGAGUAUUGGGCAUAGCUUCUCAUACAGACUAGCCCAUGGGGUUGCACACCAACACGAAGGGUCAAUUGGCAUGCCAGUAACUAUGCACAGCUGUGUAGUAUCGAGCGAAAAAGACUUCCAAGGUCCAAGUCCAUCCGUAUUAAGUACCCUGCCCGUUUACUUCCGAUUGAAGCCAACUCUACGAACUGCAAGCGGAAGAAAAUGCAGGAAGCCGCGCACCGUUUUCUCGGAACUGCAACUCAUGGUCCUGAACAGGGAGUUCAACGAGCACAAAUACCUCUCAACGCCGCAGAGGACGAAACUCGCCGAGCGAUUGGGACUGAAUCAAACCCAAGUGAAAACAUGGUUCCAGAACAGAAGAAUGAAAUGGAAGAAAGAAACAACAGAGGGAGAACGGAAAGACACCUUUGAUAGUGAAAUACAUUCCGACUCUGAGCAUUCAAAUCAAGAUGAUAGUUGUUAACUGGGUCACGGCACCAUGCGAGCAUAGUCGAACGCUCGAUAAAAUGCGACAAAAAGCCAAAAUAAACAAGAAGAUGGAAGAUAUAAUUGUAAUUUGCAGAUCGGAUACUAGUAACCGACAGAUGCAAAAAUAAGGCCUUGAACAGAAUGCUUUGAAAAUUUGCUUUUGGUGAAAAUUGAUCAUGUUAAAAUUCAUGUUAAAAUUCAAGGCUCAAUCAUGUUAAAAUUUUUAAGAGAUUUGGAAUGAGUUGGGUUGAGACAAUCAACUACCAAGGCACAAUUAGAAAGCAUUUAAUUUCCAUUUGUUGAAUUAACUUGGGAUAAACAGCAGGCAUUUUAUUGCCUCCUCUGGUAUUUUGCUAGGUCUUUUUGUAAAUGUAUGAACAAAGGAAAAAGUGAACUGAUUUUUGUAUAUAAAGCAAGUUGACUGAGUUUAUACUGAAAAAACUAUUUUUCUAAUGUAGAUGUUAUAUAUUUGUUUUUGGAUAUGUAUAUCAUAAUCGACUUUGAAGAAAAUGAUUAAAAGUAUUAAAAGAAGAAGAACAA